AUGCAUCCAGAGAUAUGCCGGUUCCCUUCUUUGCAUUUCUAUGACAGCAAGUUGCUUAAUGGUGACCUGAUGUCCAGCAAAGCAGCACCAUUUCAUGAAACUGAGGGCCUUGGACCCUAUGUAUUCUUUGAUGUUAUCGAUGGGCAGGAACUUCGGGGCAAGAACUCUGGUGCUUUGUCCCUCUACAACGAGUGUGAGGCUGAUGCUGCAGUUGAAGUACUUCAGUUUUUCAGGAAGAGGUACCCGUCAGAGUUUGUUGGUGGAAGAAUUGGCAUCAUAACUCCUUAUAGGUGUCAACUUUCACUUUUGCGUUCGCGGUUUUCUAGUGCAUUUGGAUCUUCUGUUACGGCUGAAAUGGAAUUUAAUACUGUGGAUGGUUUUCAAGGCCGGGAGGUUGAUAUACUUGUACUUUCCACUGUUAGAGCAGCAGAACCAUGUUCCUCCGGACCCAGGAUGAACUAUAGCAAUAUUGGGUUUGUCGCUGAUGCAAGACGAAUGAAUGUUGCUUUGACAAGGGCCAAAGUUUCUUUAUGGAUUUUGGGUAAUGCAAGAACUUUGCAGACAAAUGAGAACUGGGCAGCUCUUGUUGGGGAUGCUAAGGAGAGAAAGUUGCUUAUACCGGUUACAAAGCCAUAUGAUGUCAUCUUUAAGUCUGCUUUGAAGAAAUAUUCUGCUUCAGAAAAUUCUGAUGAUCGUUCAAGGAACCUAAAACAUGCUGAGAAGGUUAAAAGGUCUAGCAGGCAUGCUGAACUGCAACAUAAAAAUGCAAAGCAUUCCUAUGAAAGGAAAAGAAAAUACAUGAUCACGGGAACUCAAAGUGCUUAUAGUGCAGGUGGAGAUGAACAUGAUUGUUUGGCAACAGGGGAUGCUUUCAAAGGCAAGAAAAGAAGANUAUUCUUGCUAUUGUUUGGAACUUCACUGCUGUCUCUACAGGCUCUGGAACCAGCAACUCUUAUUCCUCUUCAGCUUUUAAAAUCAAAGGGAACCAAAUGUAUUAUGGUUGGUGAUCCAAAGCAACUUCCUGCGACAGUGCUCUCUAAUGUUGCUAGCAAAUAUCUGUAUCAAUGCAGCAUGUUUGAACGAUUACAAAGGGCUGGCCAUCCUGUCAUUAUGCUCAUGAAGCAGGUAGACUAA